AGCGUGAACACGCGCGCACUGGACAGGCCUCUCCAUGGCUUGGGCAUCAGUACCCGGCUGAGCCAUUUUCUUUUCGGCUGACAGCCCCUGCCCGGAGGCUGAGUCGUCGCGGCGGCGGGGGAGAUCGCAGGUCGCUCAGGCUUGCAGAUGGGUCAAGGACUUUGGAGAGUGGCCAGAAACCAGCAUCUCCAACAGGAAGCCUACAGUGAGCCAGGCUACCUCAGCAGAGAGCAGAGCAGAAGAGUGGCUUCAGGCAACAUUUCUCACACCAGCCACCGUAAACAAGCCCAAGGAGGCAUCGAUAUAUACCAUCUUCUGAAGGCAAGGAAGUCGAAAGAACAGGAAGGGUUCAUUAACUUGGAAAUGCUGCCUCCCGAGCUGAGCUUCACCAUCUUAUCCUAUCUGAAUGCAACUGACCUCUGCUUAGCUUCCUGUGUUUGGCAAGACCUUGCUAAUGAUGAGCUUCUCUGGCAAGGGUUGUGUAAAUCUACAUGGGGUCACUGUUCUAUAUAUAAUAAGAACCCACCUUUAGGAUUUUCUUUUAGAAAAUUGUAUAUGCAGCUAGAUGAGGGAAGCCUCACCUUUAAUGCCAACCCAGAGGAGGGAGUGAGCUACUUUAUGUCCAAGGGUAUCCUAGAUGAUUCGCCAAAGGAAAUAGCAAAAUUUAUCUUCUGUACAAGAACGCUAAAUUGGAAAAAACUGAGAAUCUAUCUUGAUGAAAGGAGAGAUGUCUUAGAUGACCUUGUAACCUUGCAUAAUUUUAGGAAUCAGUUUUUGCCAAAUGCACUGAGAGAAUUUUUUCGUCAUAUUCAUGCUCCUGAAGAACGUGGGGAGUACCUUGAAACUCUUAUCACAAAGUUCUCACAUAGGUUCUGUGCGUGCAAUCCUGACCUAAUGCGAGAACUUGGCCUUAGUCCCGAUGCUGUCUAUGUACUGUGCUACUCUUUGAUUCUACUUUCCAUUGACCUCACUAGUCCUCAUGUGAAGAAUAAAAUGUCAAAAAGAGAGUUUAUCCGAAAUACCCGCCGCGCUGCUCAGAACAUUAGUGAAGAUUUUGUAGGACACCUUUAUGACAACAUCUACCUUAUUGGCCAUGUGGCUGCAUAAAAGCACAAUUGCUGGAACUUCAACUUUAUUCCAGACUAAGGCUACCCAGGGACAGACUUAGAGGAAGUGGGGUUGCAUCAGUGCUGGUCAUUCCAGUCCAGCCGGUGUGUACAAUGGAGCUUGAGUGCACCCCCUCUUUUUGUUUCACUGUUUUCUAGUUUAGAAAUCUCAGAACUAAUUUUGCAGACCUUUUCUUAAUUUUGCUCAUCAUGUUUGCACAAAACAGACACUAUAUAACACAGCUGUUAGAGAAUGUUAAACUGACAUGUACUCUAUAAGAUGGAGAGUUUGUGCAUUAGAUUUGUCUGGAAACUAUCCAUUUUCAUCCUUUUAAAAAUACCAUGUAAUGUAUGCAUAUUUAACUGAAGAGAUUUAUAAUCAUAAUUAUUUUAUUGUAAAGAUUUUAACUAAAGGUUUUCCUUUUCUCUUGAACUGAGUUUGGAAAUUUAUUUGACUCUGAUCUAAGAAUAUUGUUGGCUUUGUCAAAGUUGCAUCUGACCCUGGAAACCAAUACCAGCUACCCAUUUCUUUGAACUUUGAAAAGAGGGUUGAUUUGUUGAUAUAUUAAUAUACUAUGCAAUCUGGCCUUAUUUGUAUUACAUAUAUCAUUUGGUUAAUUUUUAAGACUUCUGGGUUAAUAAAGUUUCAAUACAUCCUUUAAA